AUGCUCCGACAAUCACCGGCACGCCUUGUCGCCUCUCAUUUCCUUCUCCCACUUCUCCACCCUCGUACCUUCUCCGAUGCCUCCAGAGCCCUACGCCGCUCUUUACAAGUAGGACACGGCCGAAUCCCACCCGAAUUAAUCGAACGAAUCUCCCGUUUACUCAUCCUCGGAAGGUACGAUGCCUUACACGACCUCUCCCUCGAUUUCUCAGACCAACUCCUCAACUCCCUCCUCCGCAACUCACGCCUCCACCCCGAAGCAUGUCUCAAAAUCUUCAAUUUAGCUUCGAAACAGCAGAAGUUCCGACCCGAUUACAAGUCUUAUUGCAAAAUGGUUCACAUCUUGUCCAGAGCUAGAUUUUACGACCAGACAAGAGCUUAUUUAAAUGAACUCGUUGCUCUUGAUCAUUCCUGUUUCGUUGUCUGGGACGAGCUUGUUCGUGUUUUCAAGAGUUUCCACUUCUCUCCGACAGUCUUUGACAUGGUAAUGAAAGUUUACGCGGAGAAGGGUUUGGUGAAGGACGCUUUACAUGUGUUUGAUAACAUGGGGAGCGUUGGGAGAGUACCGAGUUUGUUGUCUUGUAAUAGCUUGUUGAGUUGUUUGGUUAAGAAAGGUGAAUACUUUACGGCGUUACAUGUUUUUGAUCAGAUGGUGAGUCUAGGUAUUUCUCCGGAUGUGUUUACUUGCAGUAUCGUUGUUAAUGCUUAUUGUAGAAAUAGAGAAGUGGAGAAAGCGUUGGAGUUUGUUAAAGAGAUGGAAAGUUUGUUUGGUUUGGAGAUGAAUGUGGUUACUUAUAAUAGUUUGAUAAACGGUUAUGCUAUGAUUGGAGAUUUGGAAGGAGUGAGGAGAGUGUUGGGGGUGAUGUCUGAGAGAGGUGUUUCUAGGAAUAUUGUUACGUAUACUUCGUUGAUUAAGUGUUAUUGUAAAAAGGGUUUGAUGGAUGAAGCGGAGAAGGUUUUUGAGUCUGUGAAGGAAGCGGAUCAGCAUGUGUACGGUGUGUUGAUAGAUGGAUACUGUCGCAGUGGUAAAGUUAGUGAUGCUGUUAGGGUUUAUGAUGAUAUGUUGAGGAAGGGAGUGAGAACUAAUGCGACCAUUUGUAACUCCUUGAUCAAUGGUUAUUGCAAAUCUGGUCAGUUAAUUGAAGCGGAACGAAUCUUUAUGCGGAUGAAAGAUCCGGAUCAUUAUACUUAUAACACACUUGUGGACGGGUACUGCAGGGCAGGUCACGUCAACGAGGCUUUAAAGCUCUGUGAUCAAAUGGGCGAGAAAGAAGUUGUUCCAACAGUUAUGACUUACAAUACUCUUCUAAAAGGUUUUAGCCGUAUUGGUGCUUAUCAUGAAGUUGUGAGCCUUUGGAAGAAGAUGAUAAAAAGAGGUGUAAGCCCCAGUGAGGUUAGCUGUAGCAUUCUACUUGAAGCGUUUUUUAAGCUUGGCGAUUUUGAUGAAGCCAUGAAGCUGUGGGAGAACGUCUUAGCAAGAGGUCUUUUGACAGAUACGGUAACUUUGAACGUAAUGAUCAGUGGGCUGUGUAAAAUGGAGAAGGUUAAUGAAGCCAAAGAGAUUCUAGAUAGUGUGAGAUGUAAGCCAGAUGUGCAAACAUAUCAAGUUUUGAGCCACGGGUAUUACAAAAUCGGAAACUUUGAUGAAGCUUUUGGGGUUAAAGAUUAUAUGGAGAGGAAAGGACUUGUCCCCACCAUAGAGAUGUAUAACACUCUGAUCUCUGCUGCUUUCAAGUGUGGACAUUUGAAUAAAGUAACGGAUCUUGUAACCGAGCUACGUGCAAGAGGGUUAACUCCUACUGUUGCUACAUAUGGAGCUCUUAUAACUGGCUGGUGUAACAUUGGAGCGAUGGAGAAAGCCUACGCUACGGCUUUCGAGAUGAUAGAGAAAGGGAUUGAUGUGAAUGUGAAUAUCUGCAGCAAGAUUGCAACUAGUUUGUUUCGGCUUGACAAGAUUGAUGAGGCUUGUUUGCUGUUGCAUAAGCUUGUGGAUUUUGAUCUUCUUCUUCCUGGUUACCAGAGCUUCAAAGAGUUUCUUAGUCCUGGUGCUACUACGUGUCUUAAAACACAGAAAAUCGCUGAUUCUCUUGAGAAUAGUAAGAAACUAUUAGUUCCCAACAACAUUGUGUACAAUGUUGCUUUAGCAGGUCUCUGUAAAGCUGGGAAACUCAAGGAAGCUCGAAAACUCUUCUCGGAGUUGAUACUGCGUGAGGGGUUUUCUCCAGACGAAUACACAUACACAAUCUUAAUCCAUGGAUGUGCUGUUGAUGGUGACGUAAAUGAAGCGUUCAAACUGAGAGAUGAGAUGUCUGUAAAAGGUACUACUCCUAACAUUGUUACAUACAAUGCGUUGAUAAAAGGCUUGUGCAAGUCAGGGAAUCUAGAUCGUGCUCAGAGGCUGUUACGUAAGCUUCCACAGAAGGGGAUAACUCCUAAUGCUAUAACUUAUAACACAUUGAUUGAUGGAUUGAUGAAAAGUGGUCGUUUGGAUGACGCCAUGCGUUUAAAAGACAAAAUGAUUGAACAAGGUUUGGUUAGAGGAUCUUAUAAGCAAGAGGAUGGUAAGAAGCUAAACCAGGUUUUGGAAUCAGAGAUUAUUAGAAAGAUGGAAAUGGAUUCAGAUGAGGUUGAGGAUAUUAGGAUUGUUUCCGGAGCAUAAGUAUGAUGUCGAAAAAUGUGAAAAUCUUCCAAGCAUCACUUUGAUGUGAGUGAUGGGAAACAGGGAUGGACGUUAAUACUACUACGUAUCAUUUGGAUUGACGUGGAUAGUAUGGUUUGGAGAUCAUCUGAAAUUAUGAUCCUUCUUCCAGGAUUCUAUUUAACUCUCUUUUCCCUGAUUCUUGACGUUUAAAGAUAUGAGAGCGUCAUAUUCCUGAAGCCUGAAGUGUUAGAGCAACUACAACAAAAGGCGUCAUGGACUACACUUGCUCGAGAAUCUUGAUACAUUUUUUGACUGUGACAAAACUGAAGUUACUUAUGUUUGUCUGGUUUAGAUAAUGGCCAAACGAGAUGUCAGUCACUGGUUUUGAUAAGAUAAGAUGAUCAAUAGAUCAAAACCAGUAAGCUCUCUGUUUCAUACUUGUUCCUUCCGAAAAAACUUGUGGGGUCAUUGUACGAUUGUAAUGUAAUAAAUGUAAUAAGUGUGAUUUGAUGAAUAAUUAAGUUGCUUCAGAC